AUGCUGCCCCUCGGUUUACUUAACGCGGCCCAAGGCCACCCCAUGCUGGUCGAGCUCAAGAACGGAGAGACUCUCAACGGACACUUGGUUUCUUGCGAUACAUGGAUGAACCUCACACUCAAGGAGGUUGUACAGACAAGUCCGGAGGGCGACAGAUUCGUGCGUUUACCAGAGGUCUAUGUGAAGGGAAACAACAUCAAAUAUCUGAGAGUGCCCGACGAAAUCAUCGACCAGGUCAGCGAAUCGCAGAAGGGUCAACAGGGUGGAUUCCGAGGCGGACGAGGAGGUUCAAGAGGAGAUCACAGUGGACGAGGCGGUGACCGUGGACGUGGUCGUGGAGGACGCGGCCGCGGCCGAGGACGAGGUCAAUAA